CCGAGCCGCCGCCACCGCCCGGCGCAAUCCGUCCGCCAUGCGCGCGCUGCUACCGCUGCUGAGCGUCGUCCGAGGGUGGCGCGUGGGGGCCGCCGCCCGCCCUCCGCGUCGCGUCAUGUCCCUGUACCGCACGGAGGAGCGCGGCCAUCCCCACUCGAAGGACUACCGCCUGUUCUUCAAGAAUGUAGCUGGUCACUACAUUUCCCCUUUCCAUGACAUUCCUCUGAAGGUGGAUUCUCCUAAGGAAAAUGGCAUUCCCAGAAAGAAAGCACGAAAUGAUGACUAUAAGAAUUUGUUUAAUAUGGUUGUGGAAAUACCUCGGUGGACAAAUGCCAAAAUGGAGAUUUCCACCGAGGAGCCAAUGAAUCCCAUUAAGCAAGAUGUAAAGAGCGGAAAGCUACGCUUUAUACCAAAUAUCUUCCCUCACAAGGGCUAUAUAUGGAAUUACGGGGCCUUCCCUCAGACCUGGGAAGAUCCAUAUGAAAAGGAUAACAACACAAACUGUACUGGAGAUAACGACCCCGUGGACGUUUGUGAAAUAGGCUCCAAGGUUUUAUCCCGUGGAGAUGUGAUUCAGGUGAAGAUCCUUGGGAUUUUGGCACUUAUCGAUCAGGGCGCCACAGAUUGGAAAAUCAUUACUAUCAAUGUGAAUGAUCCUGAAGCCGAAAAAUUUCAUGAUAUUGAUGAUGUUAAGAAGUUCAAACCAGGUUACUUGGAAGCCACUCUUAAUUGGUUUAGACUUUAUAAGGUACCAGACGGAAAACCAGAAAACAAGUUUGCUUUUAACGGAGAAUUCAAAAACAAGGCUUUCGCUAUUGAAGUUGUUAACAACGCACAUGAAUGUUGGAAAGCAAUGCUCAUGAAGAAAUGUGACCACGGAGCUAUCAGCUGGCCAGCAGAGGGCAUUGGAUCCCCCAAACUGGAGUUCAGUGGUUUUGAGCCUCAUGGUAGGUGCUGUGAAUCAAAUACUGGUCUUAUGGAAAAGCAGCCAGUGCUCUUAGCCACUAAGCCAUCUCUUCAGCCCUCUUAUUAAUAUUUUUAUGAUUGUUAGAGAAACAGCUGACCUCAGACUACUUUCAAUUUCCCACCUAUUCAAACAUGAGUUAUGAAGAAGAAAAUAUAAAGAAGUUAUGUCUUAAAAUACAGCUGCCACUCAUCACUAAGUCUUUUCACACAGAACUGUGUGUGAUGUGC